AUGAUGCCAGUCCUGCCGCAUCGUUCUAGUUCUUCGGACUCGGCCACCGGGGUCUCUGCACGGCCAGGCAGCUGUUACCCGAUCCUGAGGCGGUUCUUCGGCCAAUCAUGCCACCACGGCAUCCGGCGUUCAUCGCGGUCGUCGUCCACGCCUCCAAGGCCUGACCGGCAAAAGGCGCCCUCACGUUCGUCACUGACGCUGACCUCUGACUGCCUACCCUCAGACGAAGAACAAACUGAACUUUCAAAGUUGUGCACCGAUUGUCGGGAUUCCAAUUUUGACGAAAACAAGGAAUGUUCCAAGGUUUCGACUUCCAAGAGCGCCAACCUGGUUUCCUCACACUGCGCUGUCCGAAGGAAUGAGUGCGCUGGCGUACUUUCGAGUGCCGCCGUGGUAUCCGCGCCGUUUACGUACGCAUCGAUGGCCGAUAACAUCAGCGCUUCUCACAGCUAUGCGGGCUUCGCAAGCUUACCUAACCAAGUUUAUCGCCGGGUGAUCAGGAAGGGCUUCGAGUUCACCCUCAUGGUAGUUGGUGAAUCCGGGCUUGGUAAGUCGACGCUCGUCAACUCCAUGUUCAUGGCUAACAUCUACGGAAGCGAAUACCCUGGGCCGUCUCAUCGCGUCAAGAAAACGACGUGCGUCGAAGCUACGCGAGUUAGGCUAAGGGAAGGCAGCGUCGACCUCACACUGACCGUUGUGGACACGCCAGGCUUCGGCGAUGCCGUAGACAACAACCUGUCCUGGCAGCCAAUAUCCGACUACAUAGAAGCUAUGAACGCGCAGUACUUCACCGCUGAAUCCAGAGUUCGUCGAGAGGCUUUCCGCGAUAACCGAGUCCACUGCUGCCUGUACUUUAUCCCGCCAGUGGUACAUGGGCUCAGACCCCUGGAUAUCGAAUUCAUGAAAAGAUUGCAUGAUAAAGUGAACCUCGUCCCAGUGAUCGCCAAAGCGGACACUAUGACAGCGGAGGAGUGCAGGAGGUUCAAGCGUAUGAUCUUGAGAGAGAUUAGAUGGAAUAAGAUUAGCCUUUACGAAUUUCCGAAUGCUGAAGAUGAGGAAGAAAGAAAGCUGCAAAGUUCGCUCAAAGAACGUGUUCCAUUCGCUGUAAUCGGCAGCGAUACGACGAUGGAAGCGAACGGUCGAAAAUUCAAGGGUCGCAGUUACCCUUGGGGAGUUGUAGACAUCGAAAACUCUGAUAUUUGCGACUAUAAUGCGUUGCGGGAUAUGCUUAUUAGGACCAACACUCAAGACCUGAAGCAAGUCACGAACGACGUUCACUACGAAAACUAUCGCCGACAAAAGCUGGCUAUUCUCAAACGGCCGGAAGAACCAGAUCGUGCUAGUCUCAACAAUAACCUCCUGUCGCGUAUCAAACACGAGCUGAAAGAAAACGAAGCUAGCCUGCUGCGAACGAGAAAAGUAAUGGAACAAGGAUUCAAGAUAAAGAUUCAAGAGAAAACACAAACUCUCAAAGAGAUGGAAGUGGGCGCCUUGAGAAAGCAUGAACAGAUGAUGAAGGACCUCGAGCAGAAGAAGAUGAAACUGAAAGAGAAGCGCAGAAACUUUGAAGACGACAAGACCAAGUUUGAAGCAGUCUACGAGGACAAGGAAAACAUCUUUCGCAAAAACAUAACCUUGCGCGAUUCUGAAGAACAUACGGAAUGGAAAGAUGAUGGCAACUGA